AUGGCCCGCUGGCAGCUGGCCCUCUUUCUGACUGGGGUCCUCCUAGCAGGCUCCCAGCCAGCCCUGGCCCACCGGGAAUCACUGAUGGUCUUCCCAGGCCAAGUGGCCCAACUCUCCUGCACGAUCAACCCCCGCCACCCCAUUGGGGACUACGGAGUGUCUUGGUACCAGCAGCGGGCAGGCAGCGCCCCUCGCUACCUCCUCUACUACCGCUCAGAAAAGGACCACCACCGAUCCCCUGACAUCCCUGACCGCUUCUCAGCAGCCGCCGACGCAGCCCACAACGUCUGCAUCCUGACCAUCAGCCCUGUGCAGCCCGAGGACGACGCGGAUUAUUACUGCUCCGUGGGCUACUUCUAG